AUUCGAAAAAAAAAUAUUGACCAAUAACUGGUCGAAAUUAUCUCAAGCAGCAUGCCGCCAUUUUGCAAGACAACAAACUAAAGAAGUAUUAUUGAGGAUUCAUUUACGUACACAGAAGUAAAAUUAUUUCUUACUUUUACGUCACAAAGCAGAAUCAAGGAUGUCGGUGAUAAUUCGACUUCAGGGAUUGUCGUGGUCUGCAAGUGCGAUGGAUAUACGAAAUUUCUUCAAAGGCCUUAGUAUUCCUCCUGGGGGUGUGCGUAUUAUUGGUGGAGACAAUGGGGAUGCCUUUAUAGCAUUUUCAACGGACGAGGAUGCCCGACAGGCAAUGAUGCUUACUAAUAAACCACUUAACGAUAGCCCAGUACAAUUAUUUUUGAGUAGUAAAACUGAAAUGCAGAAUACAAUCUCGCAAGCGAAGGAUAAAUCCACAAGCGUUACUUUAACAGAUGCAACGCCAAUGAAUAAUGAAACUACGUUAAGUCAACAAAUACCUUCAGUUCAACAAAUAUCUCGUGCUUUCCCUGCUGUAGGACAAAUAAUGGGAACAUUGGGUAUUCAACCGCCACAGUCCAUGCAUACCAAUCAGCCUGGAAGUGGAAACCAACAAAGUAUCACGCCUCAUGGAACACUACAACAACCAUCUGGAGUAUUUGGUUUUAUAAAUAAGCAACAGCAAAACGUCCAAUCGAACGUUGGCAAACAGUUUGAACAUGAUUUACCGGGUGAAUAUUCUGUUGGUGGAUUUCAAGGAAUAAAUAAACAGUCUGAAAUCAAACCAAAUAACUUAGGGCAAUACGGUAUGGUUGGAAAAUUAGAAAGUCAUUUUCAUACAAAUGAGAUGAGAAAUGAGCUGCAUCCAGGAAAUAAGAAUGCAACUACUGUUCAAAAUACUUUUAGCAACCCAGGCCCUCAGAAUAAUUUUCAUGGUGAAGUUUAUUUCCCACAAAAGCUUGACAUGCACGCAACUGUAUCUCAAAGUCAAUCAUGGGAAAGUAAUUUUCAACAGAAAAAUCUAAAUCAAAACAGUCAAAACACCCCAUAUGUAAACCCGUCUAGAAGCUCUAGUGGUCAUGGUAAUAUUUUUCAAAGUGACCAAAUGCACAUUAAUAAAAAUAUUGGAGGUCAUGGUAAACAAUUAAAAAUGGAACAUUUUGACAAUUUACCAAAUUUUGCUAAUCUUGUAACUAAUGCGAAAAUAUCUGAACACGCUAAUUUUCCGCAAAUUGGCAGACAAGGUGGCCCAAAUAUUCCACCAGGUAAUGCUAACUUUCCGACAAGCAGCAUGCCAUUUGAUCCUCAUUUUCCACCUGGUAACAGAUCAAAUGACCCAUACAAUCCUCCAAGCGACGUUUAUUUGAAGAAUCAACCUAAUCUUUCAGCUGAGUCGAGAUUUUCACAAGGUGUUGUUGAUAGGCAGUCAAAUGUUGAGUCAUCACUUCGUCAGAAUUUCCCCGUUUUAAGUCCUCAAGAUAAUACCAAGUUGCCUGCAACAAGUCGUUCAUUUGAUCAAACUUUUACAAAGUCGGGAAUGACAGAGACAUCCGCUGUGACACCAAAGUCACGCCAAUCAAGGUUUUCUCCGGCAAACAUGGCAACAAAAGGUCCAUCUGACUCAUUGUCUCAACCAAAGGUUGCAAGUAGUCUGACUGGAUCAACUAUAUGUAGCACUAGUGAGAAAAAAGAUAAAAUUGAUCAAGGGAGGUGUCUCACGUCAGGUAAAAGUGCUGGGAACUUAGUUUUAUCAAAUAAGCAAGAUGAGUUCGGUAGAAAUCUUCCAUUUGCUGGACGUGAUAGUAAAUUAAGCGAUUCUUCAAGAACUCCAACGCGAGAUGAGAAGUUGGAAGAGACCAGUCAAAAAGAUAAGAUAACUAAUUCACGUUUCAGAGAAUCGAACAGAACAAGUAGCCGAGAGAGAGACAGGUCGCGUGACCGAUCAAAUCGGCGUGAUAGCCCUCGCGAUAGACGAGAGAGGGACCGUGAACGACCUCGAAGGGACCGAGAUGAUGAAAGAAGGUCAAGAAGAGAUAGAGAUCGAGAUAAUGACAGAAAAACACGAGAUCGUGACAACGAAAGAUAUGAUAGGAGCCGAGAUAGGGACCCUAGAAGAAGUCCAUCAAUUAAUUCAAUUCGAAAGACAAGAAAGAGGUCUUUGUCGCCAACGGAUAAAAACAAAUACGAGAAAGAAAAGAAAUUCCAAACAGAAAAGUCUGAACCAGAAAAGAAAGACCAAAUUGAAAAGCGCGAACCUUUAAAUGUUACAGCUAAGGAAAUGGCUGCAAAUAAAGAAGAAAGGUCUGCAAUCCCUCCCAAUUAUGGUAUUUCCUCAUUGAAAGAUACAGAAAAGAAAAAUAGUAAUGGCAUACAAGCAUUAUUCCCAGUUGUUCCACCAUCAAAACCAAGCAAAGGCUUACUUGGUGAAGCACCAGCUGCAUUGACAGGAUUUGGCAAUAGAAACAUGGUUCAGCACGGAGGUCCUCUUUUAGAUACACCUGUGGGUCAUGUGACUAAUGAUUCAAGAAUGGACGAGUUUAAACCUAAAUUUGGUUUCAGAGAGGAUAAAAUUCUACAUUCAGCUAUGGAUAUAAGCUCUCAUCCAACGGAUAUGUUUGGUGGUCAAAGUAGGGAUGAACACCCAGAAGCAUAUGAAUAUGACAAUUCACGUGAGAUGUUUGGGCAGCAAAAAAGAGAUCGAUCGAAAAAUGAUGAAAAUUACCGAGAUCCGUAUUACCUGAGAGAUGAUGACUUAAAUAGAGACAAAUACCCAGAGCGGUUUAGACAUCCGCUUUUCUUUAACAGAAACCAACAUGACAUGAAUGUACAACCAAAUAAGGCGGGGUCAUUUGAGCAUAUAGAUAGGGAACAUACUUUUGAUGAUCGUCGGCCACCAGGCUUUAAAGGAAUAAAUCGAAGCCAAGAAAAUUUGUUCGAUAACAAUUUAAACCGUACACCUUUUUUUCAAAGAAAUCAAGAUUUCCAGGGUCGUCCUAGCCUUUUAGGUGAUGGCGGAGUCCAACAUGAAUUUAGAGAGCGACACAGAGAAGAGUCUGAGUUUCAUGAAUUUCAGAGAUCGGCAAAUGAAAUGCCAGGUCUGUUUGAUGAUAUUCAAGACAGAAAGAGACCUGACUAUCCAAGAAAUGAAAGAGGUUUGCCGUUACAAAGGGGUCCUGAAAAUUUGUUUCGAAAUGAGCCUUCUUUUGGGCAUACACGCGAUACGUUUGGAAGGGAUGAUCAAAAUGAAAUUCACAGAGGUGGAAAUGAUCCAAAUUUUUAUGAAAUUGGAGGUCCACAUGAUGAACGUUUUAAUCCUGAACAAGCAGGGUUUAGAAAUAUCCGGCCACCAUUAAGAGGACGAGGUUUUAGAGGACACGGAUUUAAUAACAUGCGUGGAGGGUUUAAUGGUCCACCAAACCGCUUCGAUUCCCAAGAAGAUAGAGGAAAGGGUCAUUUUGAGCAGGAAAGGGGAAAUCGUUUUUCAAACAUUGAAGAACAACCAUUGAAUAUUGAAAGAAGGGAUUUUGACAGAUUAGAUAGGCAUGAUAAUAGAUCUUUCGAAAGGUACCAAGAUCGGAGAAGCGGAGAAGGUAGAUCAAAGGAACAAGAUAGAAAUGAUAAAAACAUUGAAAGUCAUGGAGACAGAUUUGAAAGAGAUCGUUCUAAAUAUGCAGCUGGAAGGGGAAAUGAAACUGGCGAAAAUCGAAAUAGAGAUGGGAAGAGUAGUAUUGAUGAAUCGUCUACCUCACUUGAAUCAAAAGUAAACGAUAAAAAUCAGUAUGAGACGAUAUCUUCUGAGAAAAAUUUUGUAUCUAUGAUAGAGCCAGAACUUAUGAAGAAAAAUGCGUUGUGUUCAGUUGUAUUAGAAAACAUUCCUGUUGAAACAACUUACAAGGAUAUUCGCAAACUUUUUGCAGGUUUGGAGCUGUCUAAAGAUGGGAUCAAGAUUAUAAACGACAACGAAGGGAAACGUAUCGGAAAAGCAUAUGUAAGGUUUGGGACUCAAGAAUCCUUCAAGAAAGGACUGCAGAAAGAUAGAAGUAGGUUAGGAAAUAAAGUCAUUGUUAUCAAACCUGUUCCUAGGAGAAGUUUUGAUAGUGCUAUUGAUUCAUAUCUCCCACCUGAUGAUGACGAUGACGUAACACCGGAUAUUGACAUGUGUAAUUCAUUAAGCGCAACUUUAAGGGCAUUGAAAGGUGAACCAGAAUUAAAACUUCAAAAGAAGUCAACAGCGUCUCAAAAUGACUUAGUUGUAAAGAUCACACUCUUACCAGAAUAUGCCAAAGUUCAGAACAUAAAGUCAUACUUUCAAAACGAUUUUAAAAUUGCCAACAAUGGUGAAGCGAUAGUUAUUGAGUCAAGCCGUUUUAAGGCAUGUACUGGGUUGUGUUAUGUAGAGUUUGCAGACGAAAAGUCAUUCCAAAAAGCUAUUGAUCUGAACCGAAUGUUUGAAAGAAAGACUAUCAAAAUAGCAAAAGGAAGUAAAAAGGAUAUGGAUGAACUACGUGAUAAAAUGAAAAAUAAUGCACCUGUUGAUAAAGACGCUAAUAGUAAUGUCAAAGAUGCAGAAAAUAAAAGUAAGGAAGUCUCAAGUUCAGAUUCAAAAGCCACUAGUGCCUCUAAUUCUGAACAGUCGAAACCAUCAUCUCCUGUAAAGUUAUCUCCAGCAUGUAUUUGUGUUCGGGUGCAAAAUAUUCCAAAAUCAUUGAAAGUGUUUGAAUUACGCAAUUUAUUUGAAGGAGUGGGUGUUAAUGUACGAGUAGCUCAGAUUUGUCAUGAUGCAGUUGGUAAAGCUAUUGGUGAGGGUUAUUUAGAAUUCACUUCAAAUGUAGAGGUGCAAAAAUGCUUAGUUAAAAAUGGAACUUUCAUUAACAAAAAUAAGAUAACAGUUUUACCUGUAACUAAACCGGAAAUGAUCGAGAAUAUGCGUUUGCUGAGACAAUCUUUACAACCAGAAACCCCGACUUCGCAAGCUGUUUUCUACUAUGUGAAAGCCGAACAGUUGCCAAAGAAUGUCUCUACAGGGGAAAUCAUGAACUUUUUCUCAGGAUAUAACCCUGCACCUGAAUCCAUCAGAUUGAAUAUAGGUGAAAAUAAAGAUCAACCCAACUGCAGUACUGCUCUUGUUGGGUUUCGUUCACGUGGAGAAGCAGAGAGAGCGAUAGCCGCAACAAAUGGAAACAUUCUAAGAAACCAGACCAUUAAGCUUUCAAAAGUAGUUCUUUAAGGUACAUGAAAUUACACGAUGAAAAACGAGUUGCCAGUGAACACAAAUCAGAGUAAAAACUGAUGUUUUUCCGUACUUAAAGAUAAAGAAGAAAUAGUGCAUAAAAAUUAUUAUAUUGUGAAAGACAUUUAAAUAAUGUACACACAGGAGUCUGUCGACUCGAUUUUCAAGGAAAUAGUAAAACUGGUAUUUAAUUGUUCAUAAAUUCAUUUAUGUAUAUGCUCAUUGUAUAUAUAUUAAAACUAUAUGUUUUGAUCAAUGGCGUACUGAGUACUUGCCAUUCUUUACAUUACAUGAAAAGGCAACAUGUUGAGAGAAAGUAGUUAGUUUGAACUUUUGCCUUUGUAAGUGAUUUUUAAGCUGACUAUUAACUGUGUACUUCAUUUUACAUAAUCCGUUUAGUCAAAAUGUCUUUAUUCAGCUCAAGUAGUAUAACGUUUGAUUUGUCUAAUGACAGUUGAUUUUUGUGUUUGUUUUUAACUUUAUAAAUGGAGAUAAAUUUGCAAGAAAGCACAUUUCAUAGUGGUCCAAUGUCUAAAAUUAACGUAUUUAUAGAAUCAUUCAUUUAUAUUUUUUCUCCAAAGCCUUCGUCUCUAGACAGUGUAUAAUUAUGUAAAUAAUGUAAAUGAGUUUUUAUAAUUGUAUGAUAUUUGAGCAGUUUCACAAGAAAGUAUCAACAUUUCCGUAUAUGCUUUUGCAAUUCAUUUCAUUUAUAUUUUCAAUUAAUAAGAAAAUGUGACAUUCUUACGUUGUUAUAUUGUUGUGUAUACCUGAUGAAAAGUGCAUUGCCAUGCAUUACCUUGGUAAAAGGAUAACAAUGUUACAGUGUAAUAAACAUUAAAUAUGUUUGUACAUA